GACUGGAAGCGGAGGCAGGGCUGGAGGGGAGGAGCGAGGCUAUGACGCGCGGGGCACUGUGGGAUACCGCGUGGGCUACGCGGAGCAGGACGGAAGCCUCGUUGGGUCAAACCGUGGCGACGCGGGAAGUCCGGACGCCGUAGCUGCCUGAAGAGGAGGCCGGAGGCGCGGGCCCCGGCGGUGGCAAUGGCGGAGAGGCCCGAGGAUCUAAACCUGCCCAAUGCCGUCAUCACCAGGAUCAUCAAGGAGGCGCUCCCUGACGGUGUCAACAUCUCCAAGGAGGCCCGGAGCGCCAUCUCCCGCGCCGCCAGCGUCUUCGUGCUGUACGCCACAUCCUGUGCCAAUAACUUCGCGAUGAAAGGGAAACGCAAGACACUGAAUGCCAGUGAUGUCCUCUCAGCCAUGGAGGAGAUGGAGUUUCAGCGGUUCAUUACCCCGUUAAAAGAAGCUCUGGAAGCAUACAGGAGGGAGCAGAAAGGCAAGAAGGAAGCUUCAGAGCAAAAGAAGAAAGACAAAGACAAAAAAACAGACUCAGAAGAGCAAGACAAGAGCAGGGAUGAGGACAAUGAUGAAGAUGAGGAAAGGCUGGAAGAAGAAGAACAGAAUGAAGAAGAGGAAGUAGACAACUGAAGAGGAUGAGGAGACUGGCACCGUGGAAGGUACCACUUUGAAACGUGGUACACGUUUGUGUGAAGCUUUUUCCUGCUGGGCAGAAUAGUCUUAGGCAGAAGAGCCUGAGAAGAACAAAAUAAAAACUGACUAGAAUCAUCAUCAAAACCAGCACUUCCCAGACUCAGAGCAUCUGAGUAGCAGAAUCCUGUUUUGCUUAAUCAGUCUGAAGGUUAUGACUUUUUGGCAAGAGUGAUUCUGAAUGGCUAACUUAAUCGGUCGAUUUGUUCUCUCUUAUUUACUUACAUAUAUAGUUAGGCAGUUUUUGACCCCCAGUUCCCUCCCACCCACCUGCCCCACCCCAUACCAUCCCCUAAAAAAGUAAUAAUAACUUCCAUACUACCUACUGUGUUCCCAGAUCACAGAGGCAGUCAAGGCUCAGGAAAAAUUGGGGUUUUGAUCAUGGUCAGCCUGUUUGUACAGUAUUUGGCAAUACUAGCUUAUUAAAAGUGAUCAGAUGGCUUAGCUUUAGAAAACUACUAAAAGGAUGUUGGAGAACAAUGAAAUCUGUUCUGUUGUCUCUUAACUUGGCAGUAACAUUAAUUCAAUUUUGGUUUCUACACACUCACUUGGCUUGGAGCUCUUCUAUAUUGCCUAUAGGCAUGUAACCUGCUUGGGUGGCUACAUUCUGGGUACAUAAUGCGUUUAAAUCAGCAGUGUAGAGUAGAAUGAGUCAAGCCAGGGUGUGUCAGUGUCUUACUCUUACAAAACAGAUUGGUUAGUCUUAAAUGCACCUCACUGCCUGCCAUUGUACAGCUUCAGGAUUUGCCAUCUUCUCCUGGAAGGUAUAAAAUUCCAGGCUUUCUCUUCUUGUACUCCUCUCUCAGACCUGUGACUAUGGCUUUUCAUUCCUUCAAUUCAUGACAGGUUCCAAACUUUAUUUCUUCUAGGCACAGCUUUGUCCCUCUGUGCUUCUUACCUCCUGUCUCUGUUCAGCCUCUCUGCUCCCCAUUCCCACUUUCUGUCCUUUUUCUCACUUCCUGCUGUCCACAAACUUUGACGACCUGCUUAAUAUCCCAACGUAUAGGUUUCUCCAAUUCCCUAGUUCUAAUCUCAUCUUUUUAAAAAAUGAUUUUGUAAACCUCUGAACCAUAAGGGAAAUCUGAUGGUGCUCAAGAAUCUUAAUUCCUCCCCCAAAACCAUCCCCUUUAACUGCUUCUGAAGUAUCUCUGUUGACCUUUCUUCCUUUUCUUCUCUUUCCAUUUGGUGCUUCAAGCACUUUUUUGUUUGUCUCUAAGUAGAGUGCUUGGAGGUUGACAGGUAGUGAAGUGUAGUUUGACACUGUUAAUUUGAUAAAUGGAUACAGUGAAAAGUUUGUGAUAAAAUGAGUGAAGAAUAUUGAGAAAAUUAUAAUGCUUUGUAUAAAUAAAGAACAUUCUUGUUAAAA